UUGUUCACAUCAGAUGAAACAACCAAAUGCUGCCAAGAUGGAUAUAUCAAAAUUAGUAUUCAUUAUCAUUUGCCUGCCACCAGCAUUUGCAAUAGAUGAUGAAAGAGUUUUAUCAAAAAAUCAUCAAAAUUCAGGCUGUCAGUACGGAUUAUUUGGUAAAUACUGCACCAAGAAUAUUCCAGAAAAUCGAUAUUGCGUUGGCGCAAGUGGACCCCAUGGAGAUUACAAUUUUUUAACUGGACUUUGUUUAAAUGGAUGCGCAUUUGCAGGACAGCAACCUCCUUAUUGCGAUCGAGAUUGCGACGAUGGCAAAUAUGGUUUCAAUUGCACACUAAACCAACCCACUAGAACAUGUUUUGGCUCAGGACGUUACGGAUCUUACAACAAAGAAACAGGGAACUGCAUCAAUGGUUGUGCCAAAUCAGGUCUUCAGUCUCCAGGGUGCUCACAAGCAUGCGAAUAUGGAAAAUUUGGGAUGAAUUGCGGCUACAGCUUUACAAAACGUGUAUGCGCCGGUGCAGAUGGAAAUUACGGUAACUAUGACGUAUCAAAUGGAAAAUGCUUGCAAGGGUGCGUGGAACCUGGAAAGGAGCCACCAUUCUGUACAGAGGAUUGCCAAAAUGGAAAAUAUGGGUGGGAUUGCUAUUUUACUGCGUCUCAAGGAGUUUGCGCAGGACUGACUCCUUAUGGCGAAUAUGACAAAGCCAGUGGUGUCUGCUACAAUUGUAUGGAGAUGGGAAAAAAACCUCCAAACUGCAAAGACGAUUGCGACGAAGGAAAAUUUGGCCAAAACUGCCAGUACGACCUUCCUAAAAGCGAAAAAAGGUGCUCAGGUCAUGGCACUUACGGUGAUUACAAUCGCAAGACGGGACAUUGUAGAAUAAGUUGUUUGAAACCAGGUUUUUACUUUCCGCCUUGCAUUAAAGAAUGUACUCGUGGCCAUUUCGGAUAUAAUUGUAAAGAUAAAUUGCCAACAACUAAAAAAUGUUCCGGUGCAACACAGUUUGGAGAUUAUGACCCUGCAACAGGAAAUUGUAAAAGUGACUGUGACCAACCUGGCGUAAAAUUCCCUGAAUGUGAAAAACCUUGUGAUGAUGGAUGGUUCGGACGAAAAUGUCAUUCUACUCUAAGGAGUGGAACAUGCGCUGGCCCGAAAUGGGGAAAUUACGACAAGAAAACAGGACAUUGCAAGAAUUGUGCAAGUCCUGGUUAUAAAAUGCCCUCUUGCACCGAGCCGUGCGAUGAUGGAUUUUAUGGACAUAACUGCAAUCAGAAGUUUGCAAGGGAAAGAUGUGCUUACCGCCAGAAUUACCAAAAACACCUUGCUGGGUAUGGGGAUUACGACAGAGCAACAGGAAAUUGCACCAGUGGUUGUUCCGAACACGGCCUCAAAUUUCCUGAAUGUGUAAAAGAGUGUGAAAACGGAAAGUAUGGACUAAAUUGUGUCUCUCAACUCGCACCUGGAAUGUGCGCUGGACAGGAAAUAGGAAAUUACAAUAAGACAAAUGGGCACUGCAAGAGCUGCGCAAAAAUGGGCUUUAAAUUGCCCUUUUGUAAUCAACGUUGCGACUCUGGAUUGAAUGGGCUUAAUUGCGACUACUCUGUAGGGGACAAGUGUUUAAAUGGCAAAUACGAUACGAUAACAGGGAACUGCACCGUUUCUUGUACGCAUUCGGGGUUUCAAUUUCCCUCGUGCGAAAAAGAAUGUUAUGGAGGAAAAUACGGAAUAAACUGCAGGGAGCAACUAAGAGAGAAGAAGUGCUCAGGUGCAGGAAAUUACGGCGAUUACAAUAAGGCAAACGGAGAAUGUGUGCAAUCGUGUGCAAGGCCAGGCCUCCAAUUUCCACAUUGCAAAAAGGAGUGUGAUGGAGGAAAAUUUGGACUCAAUUGCAACGAGAUUAUUAAGUCCGGGGCUUGCGCAGGAAAAAUGGAAUUUGGAGAAUAUGAUAAAGUGAAUGGAAGUUGCAGUUUGGGUUGUAAGGAGAUUGGCAUUCAACCGCCAAAGUGUAUCAUGGAAUGUGAUGAAGGAAGCUUUGGAAUGAACUGCAAUGAAAAAUUCGACCCGUCUGUUUGCGUGGAUGAAUCUUAUAAUCGCACCACAGGCUUUUGCUUAAAAGGGUGCUCUCGUGAGGAUUUGAUACCUCCAAGUUGCAUGGAAGAGGGAAAAAAUUCAACACUGAUUGGAAUAAUCAUUACUGUCCUCGUAGUCUUGAUUUUGGUAAUGGUUGCAACAUUUAUUGCUAUUCAUAAAUGGAAAUUAAAAUGCUGGUCCAUAAAUACAAUCGAGACUUCACCGAACGAUAAAGAAGCAGAGUACGAAAUGUUCGAUCUUGUUAUGGGGCCUUCAGCUCCACUGGUUCCAUCUCGGCAGGACGAUUUUUCCACCCUUGUUAACAUUUCAAACUUUGACGAGUAUUUGGAAAAGGUUUUUGAAUUUGACCUUAUUAAAAAACAGCAUAGAAUGAUUGCACGAGAAAAAUCCAAACCUUGCAACGCUGGAAAAUCACGUGAAAAUAAAUUAAAAAAUCGAUUUGGAAAUUUGGCCGCCUUUGAUGAGACAAGAGUGAAACUUUAUUUCCAAGCAGGGAUUGACCAAAAUGACUACAUCAAUGCUAAUUUUAUUGAGGGUUACAAGAAGGCCAAAGCAUACAUCGCCACGCAAGGUCCAAAGGAAAACACGCUGAUCGAUUUCUGGCGAAUGGUAUGGCAAGAAAAAGUGUCCUUGAUCGUGAUGCUCACUGACUUAAUUGAGAAUGGACAAACAAAGUGCGAAAAGUACUGGCCUGAAGAGCAACAAUCUUUCCACGCCGAGGGUCUCCAGGUUCUACACGUGAAAGAGGAAAAUUUCCCCGAUUACAUAAUGCGUACUUUGCGACUCAAGAACGGAGAUCAAAAUCGAGCAGUCGUGCAAAUGCACUACACGCAAUGGCCUGACCACGGAGUGCCAAUGUAUGCUCAGUCUCUUGCUAGUUUCUCCGAAAGAAUCUCAGAUAUAAAUUCAGAUGCACCGAUUUUAGUUCACUGCAGUGCUGGUGUUGGCCAGACCGGGACUUUUAUUCUAAUUGACAUUUGUUUGAAAAUGGCGAGAGUGGAAGGUUCCUUUGAUGCAUUUGAGACUCUGAGCAAAAUUCGUUCCCAGAGGGCAAUCAUGGUCGACAAAGAGGUCCAAUUUCGGUUUGCCUACUUGGUCCUAUAUGAAAUCCUAAGUGUGCCAAAAUAUGAUGUGUCAUGCAAGGAAUUUGCAAAAGAGAUGAAAAAUUUAAUGUUGAACAAUAAGAGUUUGCUCAAUUUACGUUGGUUGGAGCUCAACAAACUUUGCGAAAGUGAGUGGAAGCGAAUUCAAGCAGGAGAUUCAGCACGAGCUGAGGGUUGCAGAUUUCAACUAAGCAUCGAUGCAUCGGAUUUAUAUGCAAAAAUUGGUCCAACUUAUCCUUUGGCUGAAUAUUCAAGUUUCAUCAAUGCCGUAUUGGUUGACGGUUUCAAAAAGAAGGACAAGUUUAUUUGCACAAAAACGCCUUUAGAAAAUACGAUUGCGGAUUUUUGGCGAAUGGUAGAUCAGUAUAAAGUGGAACACGUGAUCAUAUUGAAUGAUUUGGACCAAAAAGAGAAAUCUUUCCUACCUUUGGUCGAAGGCCAGAAACUCGUUGUGGGCGACAUGUUUUUGACCCUGAUAAAAACUUAUCAGUUGAAAAGCUGCUCAAUCUUGGACAUCGAGCACUCAAGGGGAUUCGUGAAAGUGGUUUGCUUCUCUGGCUGGCCGUCGGAAAAAUCAACAGUUCCAGAAAUCGAGUCGUUGGUGGAAUUGUGGGAUCAAACAGAAAUCGCAAGUUUGGAAAAGACGAGUGUUUUUGUUUGCAACGACGGAAUUACGGCUUGUGGAUUUUUCGCGGCGCUGGGUUUUGUAAUACAGAAAAUCAAACUGGAGCAAAAAGUUGACGUGGCCAUGGCCGUCAGGUGCACUCGAAGUGCCAGACCUCAAUUCGUAGCAGGAAUUGACCAAUUUGAGGCGCUCUACAAAGGUGCCUUCAAAUAUUUAGAAAAUUUUAACACUUACGGAAAUUUCAAGUAAUUUUUACUUAGUUAAUAGUCCAAAUAUUUUGAAAUAUUCUAUAGCUUAGAGACGCAGAGAGCAUGAGGAGACUUUUUUUAAAAUUUUAAUAGACAACAAGGUCAAUCUAAAAGCAUGACCUGGCCCAGGCUAUAAUCUAACUAAAUUAAUUCAGUGCAAUUUUAAUUCUGCGAUAAUAGUUAGCCACAGACAAUUUACGUUUUUGUAAAUAUUUUUUAAAUAGGUGCAUACAUUUUAUGUAUUGGUACGCUUUUUUAAGCUUUGUAAAUUUGAAUUGUAAAAUAAUUAAUUUACAAUAAUAUUAAGGCCCAUUCGGCGGGAAAUAAUAUUUUCAGAGAUUCAAAAGCCAAAGCCCAGGUUAAUUUAGUUUGGAUUUCAUGGAUUUUUUUUUGUAAAUUUAGCUUCAAUUAAAUAUCUGACGCAUGACAAAAACAAUUAAGGAGAACAUUUAUAGUAAUUUUCAAUGUGAAAAUUUUGAAUCUUUCCUAGAGAUACUCGAGACACAUUAUCAUUAUAUACAAAUAUUUUUCUUUCUUUUAUAAUUCAAAUUAUAGGAUUCAUAGGAUUAUAACUAUAGGCUUAGUGUGCUAUUUUUUUUUUAUUAUAAGUACAUUAUUAUUUGAAGAUCAAGUGGUCAUAUUACUAUUGUAAAUUUUGUAUAA